GGCUCUGCGUGAUUCACAAACCUUAUUUGUUCCUACUACUUUGAGCGCCAUCUUGUUCGGAACUUCUACCCACUAGUUUGCACUCAAGGGGGUGUCCGGUUACCCCGCUCCUGCCCUCCUUAGCGCGGGGAUAUCUCGCUCUUUCUCUCAUUUGCUUUUAUCCCGCAACAGGCUUUUCUUGCGUUCGCUUACAUCGCCCCCUCUGCUUUUUGGUUUGCUUUUGGACUGAGAAUCUUUCCAAGCGGACAGAAAUGAGCAUCGAAACGCUUUUGGAAGCCGCCAAGUAUUUGGAAUUGCAAGCCCAACAACAACAGAGAGCACGUGAGGAUGAACUGAAAGAGAAGCUGCGUCUGGAUCUGCUGACGGAGCAAAGACUGACCGAUGUCAACAAGUACAACUGCCGAGGCCACAUCAACAAUGUUUUUAAAGCGGACGAGCUUAUUACUGAGCGCCCCCCGGCCUCCAUACCGCCCUCCCUGCCUCCCCCCUCCAUGUCCAUCGCAGUCAUCCCCAUUCCGGUGGUCAAACCCGACCCGGCAGCCUCGCCUUCUCUCCCUGUGGCCUUGCUCUCCCAUCCUGCUGCUCCCCAUCUAGCCUCCCCCAAAAGGGUGCCUCCUUCUCCUCAAGAACAAGGUGUCGUAGCUCCACCGCGUUCUCCCCAGCCAAAACCGGAUGACCAGAACCACAAACUGCCCUCCCAGAACCAUCAACAUCACCCAACGCAGCUCCUUGCUCAAGCCAACAGCGCUAACACGCAGCAGCAGACGGCGCACCAAAAGCUACAAUGCUAUCCAGGUUCCAUCGUCUCGCCCCCCCAUCAGCCUGUAAUGCUCCCCCAGUCCCUCCAGCCAGCACUCUUGGUGAACGGCCUUGGCAGUCGGGCCAGUCCUCCUGAUGACGGACGCCUACUCGACCAAAAGAAACGACCUGGGGGGGCGGGUACAAGAGAAGUGCAUAACAAGCUCGAGAAACACAGACGAGCCCACUUGAAGGAGUGCUUUGAGACCCUGAAGAAGAACAUCCCCAACAUUGAUGAAAAGAAGACCUCCAAUCUAAGUGUGUUGAGAAGUGCUCUGAGAUACAUCCAGACGCUGAAGCGCAAAGAGAAGGAGUACGAGCACGAAAUGGAGCGUCUGGCCCGUGAGAAGAUCGCCACGCAGCAGCACUUGGAGGAUCUGAAGAAUGAGCUGAGCCAGUGGAUGGACGUGGUGGAGAUUGAGCGCGUGCUGCGGCAGACGGCGCAGCCCGAAGAGGACCAGGCCUCCACUUCCACAGCCUCAGAAGGCGAAGAGGUGAUGGACGAGGACGACGAAGAUGAGGAAGUGACGGCGCGACCUCCGAGCGAGUCGCCUGCCAUUCCUCAGGCCCACAAAACCGAAAGUCUCCACCAGACGCCUCCCGUCCGCUCCUUGACUUUGACGGCCCCCACCCCUUCCUUCAUCGCCCAUCACGUGUCGGCGCUGCAUCCGCCGCCCAAACCCCCUGCCCCCGGUGCAGCCCCCUCCACUGGCCAGCCCACUUUACACCCCACCGUCAUCGCCCACGCGUCCGCCUCGCACCCGUCCGUCAUCCAAGCGGUGAACCACGUCAUCCAGGCUGGGGGACCGAAACAUAUCGCGCAACUGGCGCCGGGGCAGCCGUCUAUCAGCCACAUCACUGUGCACCCGGUGGCCCACCUGAGCUCACACCUCCCCACCCUGUACCCCCAACCGGUGGCCGUCACGCAGCCCGCCUUGAUAAGCCACAUUGCGCACACUCUGGGCCACGUCAACGGCGCCGUCAGCCAGCCUGCUACCGGCACCGCCAUCGUAGGCAAACAGACUGUGGUGGCCCACCACCCGCAGCUGAUGGGCCAAACUGUCCUCAACCCUGUCACCAUGGUAACCAUGCCAUCUUUUCCCAUCAGCACUCUGAAGCUCGCCUGAAGCUUCUCAGCGACACACCUCCAUACGAGACCGCCGCGCCGACAGCCAAGGAGGGCUCAGUGGAUCAACACCCUCACUCGUCAUGUCGACUGCUUCAGUCAGGGACAGGAAGGACCUGCUGGUGCGGACCAAUAGCAGGGCUCGACGUGACUCAUCCCGCCAUAAGCAGCAGGUUGAGAAUGGGAGUCAACAGAAGCCCCGCCCCUCUGCCAGCACACUCGUGCUUAUCUGCCGCAUUCAAAUUGUGGACUGGAUCCACUCCGGUGGUGUGGCGUUGCAGUCCUCAGGUUCGUGCGUGUGGCAAUACCGCCCCCCGCUGUCCACUAAGGUUCUGUAUCUUAGCAUACGCACUCACUGCUCUACAGCUUUUGUGUUGGCUCGUUGAGUCAUGCGUUUACACUAAACCGUUGUUCCAUUGUUUCCCAACCUUGAUUGAGGCAAACCAUCUGACUUGAUGUUUUACAUUUUAGAAACAAAUCUCAUGGCACAGCACCAAACAUAAAUGCCACCAAAACUAAAUAUGCAAGGUAAUUAUGUACCUUCUCUCAUCCAGUGGAAUAACAUUUAAAGGUAUUAUUUGUCGUCAAAUCAUUUUAGAACAAAUGAUGUGAAAUUGGACAAUUUGUAGCAGAAUACCUGUUGAGCUUUUGGCACACUGGUUGGGAAUCAAUGCUCUAAAUAAUAAAUGGAUGCAGAAAGCGGUUCAACCUCCCAACUCUUGUAUGGGAUUAUUAAAAUUGCAGUCAACUACGGAAGUGACACAUUUGGACUGUAAAUACUAGAUCAUUUGACGUUACUAGCACUGUGAAACUCAAGAAUCCAAGCUGUUUAACAUGGCAUGAACCACGUACAACAUGCCAGGCUCUCUGUUGUGAUUUGAGAUACAAAUGAACCCGCCCCCCCACACCUUUUUGAAAAAUAUGUACAUUAUGUUAACUAUCAUCUGUAUGUAAACUUUUUGUUGCUUGUGAUUCUCAAGUUCUGUCUACAUUUGUUUUUUUUUGGGACCAUGUACUUACCUUUACGAAGGUUACAAAACAUGACAUUCGGCCAUUGUGCAAAAUAUUCUGUGUACUUAACGAAAUUUGUCUGGUUUGUUCCCAUUCCAAGUGAUUGGAAUUGCAAAGAUAAAGCUUUAGUUGUUGCUCUUCAGACGAUGUGCUAAUAAGCCUGGAGCAAAUAGGUUUGAGAUCAUGAUGGAGCCCAACACAAAAUGUCUAAAAGUGGUCAGUGGUGAUGACACUGGAAGACAUGAACAAUAUUACACGUGUGUUUUCCCUAUGGCGAAAGUUGUAUUUGUAAAUAGCCUGUAAAAGCUGGGCUGAAUUAGAUUUCACUAUUCUGAAAGAUGCUGGGAAAAUUAUAUGGAAUAAGAACUAUAUAAAACAUGACUUAAUAAAAGGUUUUUGUUUGAAAAUG